AUGAAGAAACCAUUGCAAACCUUUGCCAGAAGCGGGGAAAGCAAGGAAGAUGCUACCAAAAGGAAUGACAAGAAGCAAAUGUAUGAAAAUCGUGUCAGUCAGCUUGAGAAGGAACGUGAUCAUUUAUCCCGUGAGGUGGAAAUGGUCAAUAAGAAGUUGCAGAUUCAGUUAAGGCAGCUUGAGAACCUUCAGAAACAGGCAGCUGGGACUUCUAAACCAUCAACAAGUGGAGUGCCUUCAGAAAAAACAGGCUUUGAGCCUCCUCCAACAGCCAACAUAAAACCAAUGAAUGCCCCAGUUGCCCCUUCAGCCUCACCCAGGUCCCAGACAGCAACUCAAGUUGUUCCACCAUCCCGAGCCAUUCCCACUGCAAGUAUUCGACCCAUGGCUCCUCCUUCUGGAGGUUCUGCUCCUCCCCAGGGAUCAACAGUGGUUGUUGUAUCGCCACUAGAAACUCAUAGUGAUGGUAUGGUUUCUUCCACUGUGACUCUCCCCCAGGCCACAGUUACUCCAACUCCUGCCAUUUCUGCACCAACCUUGCUGACAACAGCCACUACAACCCCUGCUGCCACCACAAUGACUAGCACAUUAACUGCUACUGUAUCACCUACUCCAGCCUCUGCCUCUCUAACCACUCCAGUGGCUCCAGCUGUUGCCCUACCAUCCACACCUUCCUCCCAGUCAACACAGCCUUCUGCUUCACAGUCCACUUUGGCCAGUCAGUCAUCUUCAGUAUCACAGUCAUCUGCAAUUGCAGAAUCAUCUCCAGCCUCUCAGCCUACAUCUAGUGGUCCAACUGUUCAGAUGACCAAGUCAUCAGGUCAUCUUCAGACUGCUGCUGCUGCCUCAUCGACAGGGACUGCUCAGUCCACUUUGGCAAGUCAGUCUUCAUCAGGUGGCCAGUCGGGAACAGCCAGCACUUCUAUUGUAGUGCCAAUUGUAUCUGCAGUGCCAGCAUCUCCUGCACAGCAUGCUAGGCAGGACACUCAAGAGGUAUCAGCUGAUGCUUUGGUCUCACAAGCUAUUGCCCUUGUAUCACCACUGAGCUCGCAGGAAGUUGCAGGACCUUCUAGUGCUGGUUCUGCAAAGAGAAAAUUGGAGCCAACAGAGGCAACAACUAAAGAAGCAAAGAGAGCAUGUGUAGAAGAUGAUGAAGCUGGUCCUUCAUCCUCACAUGGAGGACAGGAAAAUGAGGAGGAGCAAAGUGUUACUCCUGAAGAUCAUGAUACUGAGUACAUUGAUGAGGAUGAUGGAAGUCAUGGCUUCAGUGCAGGAAAUAACCAAGAAGGCAGAGAAGCUAGUGAGGAUAUGAGAAGUGCUGAUGCUGAGGCUGAAGCUGCUUCAGAAACAUCCGCACAUGUUGAAGAAUCAAAUAACGAAUCCCCAGAUGCCCCUAGUGAGAGCCAGAGACCUCAGCCAUCUGGUGGAUCAAGUCAGCCUUCUUCAUCAGGUCAAAAUGAGGGACCCUCUCAGACUAGCCCAGGAGUGCCACUCCCUAGGCCUGUUAUUCGGCAGGAAAGACCAGUUGGCCGUCAGAACUUGGCACCUUUCAGUCAGCUUCCUCACUAUGAAGAGGGUGGUGAUGACAGCAUUGUACCAUCGACACCAACUCUGUUUGUCCCAAGGCGUGGGGAUGGGUUCUCUGAAGCAGUAAGCUCUCCACAGGUUCCAUCUGGUGGAUUUGUGUUUGGCUCUAAUGCAGAAGUUGCAAACCCACCUCAGACAAGUGGAUUUGGCUCAGAUGGCAGAGGAGGUUUAAUAGAUGACACACGCAUUGAUUUGGGUCUUGAUGAAGGAAAUAGAUCUCAGCCCACCACCCCGCUAGGAGAUCUCCUACAGUUGAGAAUGAUUGUAACACCUUCAGAACCUAAAGCUUCAGUGUCAACUGAACUUGGAGCUGAAGGUGGAGUGAGUACUAGUGAGGGAGAGUCAACGCGUGAACCACCAACAGUUCUAGUGACAGGAGGUGAACAGUCCAGUGGGGAAACAUCACGUGAUUUGAUUGAUGUAGAGGGUGAUGAAGAUGGAAAUGAGGAAGAGGAGAGCCAGGGAGGUGAAACUGAGGAGAGAGAAGGAAGCAGUGAGAUGGAGCAACCUCUGCUGAUGUGUCAAUGCCACUUAUCACUCCAAGUUCACCUCCAAUCCAGCUCGAAGAAUCACGCCGAUCACAUGGGAUAA